UGUGUCGAAGCAGCAGGCGAAGGCCUGUGCCUUAAAAGCGGCGUUGAUCUCAACGAGAGCGAGUUUCUCCCUCGGUACAAUCGGUUGGAUAAAUCGGUGGAAAAGCCUGAAUUACUUAACUUUCGCAACGAACGACGAUCUUUAUAUUUGUAUGUAAUGAGUCAGCGAGCAUGGUACACGGACGUGUAUGGCCUGAAUCGAAUGAUAGAAAAUGUAAUACUGGACGUUCAACAAUUCUCACCGGAGGAGAUCACGGUGAAGACGGUGGGUAACGACGUUAUCGUCGAAGCCAAACACGAGGAGAGACAAGACGAGCAUGGAUUUGUCAGCAGACACUUCGUACGAAGAUACGUCCUGCCUCCAUCUCACGAUGUGAUCAAUAUUACCUCGAGCCUUUCUUCCGAUGGUGUUUUAACUAUCACGGCACCCAAAAAGGAAGAGACGGCCAGCGGUGCCGAACGAGUCAUCGAAAUCACGAAAACAGGAGUGCCGGCGAGUAAACCGGUCAAAGUAGAAACGGCCGCGGAAGAAGACAAGUAAAAUCACCACGGCCGAGAACACGUUUCAACGCAAUUGGAUCUAUUUGUAUUUUCAAGCGUUUUCGCGUCUCAAUGUAAAAAAAAAAUAAAGGUAGAAUUUUGUAUAACAAUAAUCUGCGAAUCGGACAAAUCGUUCAUAAAUUGUUCAAACCCUUGGAUGAUAUAAAAUAUAUAAUGAUGUAAAAGAAUAUUUAUUCAAUGCUAGUAUAUAUAUAGAAUCUUGCAUUGUAAUGCCGUGGAAGCG